AGAACAAGAGCUGCAUGAGAAAAUUUGUCAUUGACAACACGAAAGGGGAAUACAAAUGACGAGAAUAUCAAAUUGUCAUCACCUGAGAGAGGAAGACAUGUGAUAAGGGACUCUUGGACGGCGUGGAGAUGUAUGCCUUCUACUCCCUUUUAGUAUACAUCUUCUACACUGUCUUUAAGAAGGAGGAGGAGGAAGCCUUGAAGGGGGCGUGUGGCGCUUCCUCAGACGAGCCAGGACCUGUUUCCAUGGAAACAGGGAGCAGGAGGAGAGAUGGCCACACCCCCAAAAUGGGGAAAAAAGCUUCUGCACGGCUUAGUGAAUCAAGCAGUAGCAGUGACAGUGAUGAAAUGUCUCUGAGUGAUGAAGAUGAGGAAGAUGGCCCCGACAUCCCAGCCUGCACUCCUCUGGCUGCCUUUUUGUCUUUCAAGCAGGAGGCUGAGAAGAGAAGGGCCUCACAAGUUCAGCUGGAAUCAGCGGGAAAGCUGGCAGAUUCUCCCCUGGUAGCGGUAAUGACCCACUUGCUGAGUUUUCUGGAGCAGUACUCCCACUUCCAGCAGCUGCAUCAGCAGGCCGACCAGUACCGGGUCCAGCUGAAGAGGCACCGUGUCCAGCACCGGCGGCAGAUGAAGGCCCUGCGAGCCUCCUACCGCCAGCGCCUCAGGGACAAGAGCAGCAUCAUCAGCAGCCUGGAGGAGGCCAUCAGCCAGCAGCAGACCCCCAGCCCACUGAGUGAGGGUGAGUCCGGCGGCGAUGCAGGGACACAAGCUGGGGUUCACGGGCUGGUGGAGUCUCUGCACGGCCUGCAGGGCGAGAGGAGUAAGCUUAGAGGAGAACUCCGUCUGCUGCACUCACAGCUGGAACAGAAGGAACGAGACCGACACUCUCGCAUACAGGCCUUUCAACAGCAGAUUGAUGAGCUCAAGAGUUGCAUAGAGGAGCGUGAGGAGGAGCUGUCAAGACUGCGAACUGCCACCGGGGCCACUGACUCAGAGAAGCGAGUGCUGUGUCUGUCAGCGGAGAACGAGAGUCUGAAACAAAGCCUGAGCGUCACUCAAGGCCUCCUGCAGCAGUUGUCAGCCAUCCCCUCCCAGUCCAGCACCAUGCUCAUCAAGGAGAAUGAGAACCUCCGCAGCAGAGUGCAGCAGCUGGAGAUCUCCCUGCAACAGCGUGCUGAGCAGCUGUCACUACUGGAGCGACAGAGUGAACAGAGCGAGUGGAGGAGAGGACAGGAGCUGAGGAAAAGAGAGGACAGAGUGAGGGAGCUGCAGCUGGAGUUGGACAGAGAGAGAGGCAAGGAGCCAGUGGUCAAGUAUGUCACCCAGACUAUGGAGGUGGAAUCACCUGCCACAUUAAAGCAUCUGACUAAAGCCAGACAGAGGAAUGAGCUGCUGUCUGAAAAGCUGUCCAAUCAAAAUGAGCGCUGCAAACAGCUGGAGGAGCGAAUUAGGAAGUCAGAUGAAUACAGCUGUAAUCUGCAGCACAAGAUUGCGGCGUACGAGCGAGAAAUCAGUAAACUGAGAGAAGAACUGCUGAAAGAGAUCGGCCACUUGGAGGAGAGGAAGGAGGAGGCUGUGAAGGCUGCUGCCAACUGCUCAGCAGAACACUUUCAGAACCUGCAGGACCAGUUCUUCAGCUUGCAGAAGCGUCUGACAGCACUUCCACUCACUUUACGCUCCAUGAAGACAGACUACGCCAGUCUGAGGAGCCAAGUUCGAAACUUCUCAGAGUUUUACGAAGCAGCUAUAAAUGAAGCAAAAAAACAGGUUUCGGCAGCUAUCAGUGAGAUGUCCGAAGCCAACAAAGAUCUUCUGGAGAAAUAUAGGAAAGAAGUUGCGCUGCGCAGGAAGUACCAUGAGCAGCUGGUGGAGCUUAAAGGCAACAUCCGCGUGCUGUGUCGUGUGAAGCCUGUGCUGAGGGAGGACCAGCGGGAGGAGGGCCAGUCUGUGGUGGUGACGACAGACCCCAACAACGAGUCCUCCCUCACUGUGCUGAACAAAGGGAAGGGUCGCAUCUUUGAACUGGACAUGGUCUUCCACCCUCAGGCCACACAAGAAGAGGUCUUUCAGGAGAUUGAACCUCUUGUGACGUCCUGCAUCGAUGGCUAUCAUGUCUGCAUAUUUGCAUAUGGACAGACUGGCUCUGGAAAAACCUACACGAUGGAGGGGAGUGUGGAGAACCCAGGCAUCAACCAGCGAGCCCUGAAACACCUCUUCAGUGAGAUUGAGGAGAGGAAGGACAUGUGGUCUUACACCGUCACCGUCAGUUCUGUGGAGAUCUACAAUGAGGUGCUACGGGACCUGCUGAGUAAGGACGGAGAGAAACUGGACAUAAAGAUCAACCCGGACGGAACAGGACAGCUGCAUGUGCCGGGCCUCAGGGUCAUCGAAGUUAAGAGCUUUCAGCACAUUAAGAAGAUCUUAGCCACAGCCCGAAGGAACAGGAUCACCUUUGGAACUCAGAUGAACCAGCACAGCUCCCGCUCCCAUGCUCUGCUUUCUAUCACAGUUCAGGGCACUGACCUCGCAACAGGGUCCAGAACCACUGGCAAGUUGAACCUGGUGGACCUGGCUGGCUCGGAGAGGGUGUGGAAGUCUGGUGCAGAGGGAGAGAGGCUGAAGGAGGCUCAGAAUAUUAACCGCUCUCUUUUGGCACUGGGGGAUGUAAUUCAGGCACUGAGGGCUCGGCAGACUCACAUCCCGUUCAGGAACUCCCGCCUUACGUACUUAUUACAAGACUCCCUGGGUAAAGGCAGCAAGACUGUUAUGGUGGUGCAGGUGUCUGCUCUGGAGAGUAAUGUGGGAGAGACAUUGUGCUCACUGAAGUUUGCCCAGAGGGUAUGCAAGGUGGAAUUGGGUCCUGCAGCCAGGAAGAUUGAAUCUGGUGGAGGGCAGUGUGACUGACAGCCUUGAAUCACCAGGGAGCCACGAAUGCACCAGUCAGAUUAUCACCCACCCUACAAUUGAAUCAUAAAGCUACAGUUUGGACAAUAUCGACAGCAAUGCUGCUCAAGGGCUAAAUCUGUGGAGGUCUGUGUAGCACCCAAAUGCCAGCCUGCGACUGAGGUUAGGUAUUGCCGACAGUGGCCUCUUCUUUGCCAUUGUUUGCUUCUGACACAUGAUAACCAUUUAUUGUUAGAUAACCUGCAUGCAGGAGUAUUUAUUCAUCCACUCCGAGUGCCAAAACAUCCUUUGACUCUCCCACAGCGUAAGAUUUGAUGCUUCCUUGAACUACAGUAUCUCAGUUUCUUUGUAUUAAAUACCAAAAUCCAUGAUAUACCAUAUCCUAAACGAUCAUCCCAGUGUAUAGAGCAGCAUCAUGUCCGAACAGGGUAAGUAAGCUUCCUGUACCACAGUAUCAACACUUAAGUUUUUGCAGUAUUAAUCAUCUUGCUGUAAAUAUCUGUAGUUUGUGAGGUUCAUCUCCAGUGUUGUAUAUUUUUGAAGGCUGUAGUGUGUAGGAGAAUCUGUUUUGUAGCAAAAGUAUGGGCUAUUAAUCAUUUCAGUGUCACUUAAAUCACAUAUUUGUGUAGUUUUUGUGAACUUAAGAAAAGCAGUAAUGUAAUUCUUUGUUUCUCUUAAGAGACUUGAUCAUUUGCCUUUUGAGAAAAGAGGAAAAACAAUGAAGGGAACAGGUGGCCUUGUAGUAGUCGUACUAUAAUGAACUGUGCAAUAUCCUCUUUAUUGAGGCGAUGUUUUGGGCCUAUAUGGAAAGGAGAUGCACUUUAUUGUGAAAGGAAUGUAUCAGUUCAGAACAGGUGUUUAGGUGCUUGCAAUAGAUAUCACCAGUGGAUGUCAUACCAGAAGAAGCUUAUUGUUAUCUGUUCAUCAUCGUUCCUCUAUUUAUCACCCACUCGAUCAAAACUAACUUGAUUCAAGUGUAGCAAGACAUUAAUGUCGCCGUAACUACCACAAAGGUCACUUCAUUAUGAUUAGAGAGUACAUUUUCAGAUAAUUUUCUGAAUAAACACAAUGUAUUUAAAAGUGUCGUUCCUCUUAUUUG